AUGUGUAUAAUAAAGGAUGGACGUUCGGUGUCACCGAGAAGUGUACAGCAACAUUUAAGCAAUAGCAACGGUGGAGGUUUAGCACAGCUGGCCGCAGUGGCCAGUGCGGCAGCACAGAACCCGGUGCAUGCCCUUUACCAGCAGUUACUCUCGAACGCAACUGCGCACUCACAACUACUACAGAACAUUGCGGUUGCGAACACUCAACAACAACAACAACAACAACAACAACAA